CCCUGUAUUAAAAAAUAAUAAAAAAUAAUAGCAUUGCGAAAUGUUUAUGUUAACAUGAUAAUUGUAAGCUGGUAAUUUUUUACGGGUGUUUUCAUCGUACAUUUAAUAUAUUUUACUGUGGAUCUGUACUGUAGUGUAAUCGACUGACGCACAGGCUUAAAGGAGAUUUGUGUUUUGGGCGACUUGCACCUCAAUUGAAUCAAAAGUCGUUGCAAGACCCUUGGCCUUGGCUUGAUAUUGACGCACGUAAAUUGUAAAAUGUGACAAAACUAAUAAAAAAUUUAAAAAGAAAUAGUAAUAUUAGAAACAUAACUAUAAACUCAAUAGAACAGUUGUUUCUAAUGAAACUGUGAAAUCCAAGAUUCCAAGGUGGAUAUAUAUAUAUAUAUAUAUAUAUAUAUAUGUCAACGUCACUGAGUGAGAAUGUCGGUCAAGUACACCAGACUGCCUGAAAGUGACCCUGAUCUGUCGGGAAGGUCUGCGUUUGAUUACGAGUCUGUUUACACGUACAAUGAUAUCAACAGUCAGAAAUACAAGUCUGCCUUCACUUACACGUCACCAGUCAGCUUUGUUCCUGAAACAGAAGUUCGGUCAACAGAAUACUCACCUCUGAUUGGUCGUGUGAGCCAUGUUGUUGUUCUCUUCACCUGUUUCCUGCUCUAUGUCCUCACUCUGCCCGUCUCCAUCUGGUUCAGCUUCAAGGUAAUACCAAACUAUGAAAGACUUGUUGUAUUUCGACUUGGUCGGCUCGUGGGAUCAAAGGGACCAGGUAUUGUGUUCAUUCUUCCAUGUGUAGAUCGAUGGCAGAAGGUUGACACCAGAGUUAAAGCUUUCAGUGUUCCCCCCAAACAACUGCUCACGAAAGAUGGUGCCGGGAUAGAGGUAGGUGCCGAUGUGUACUGUCAGGUGAGCGACGUACAGAAGUCGGUGACCAGUGUACAGAACCUCGACCAGUCGACCCGUGUGCUUGUUCAGACCUGUCUUGUCAAUCUGCUCGUACAGAGGGAGCUCCGCGAUAUCGAGAGUCAGAGAGCUAUUAUCUCCAGUAUUGUACAGGAAGCCACUAACAAAGUUGCUUCUGAAUGGGGAAUUGAGAUAUGCCGAGUGGAAAUAUCUCAGAUAAAGGUGUUACAACCGCCUCCAGCUCGUGCACCCCCCACCAUCAUGUUCCCUCCAGGACUGUCAGCCUCGGGGUCAGUGCAACUCCCACCAGCUUUUCAGCAGUUAGCAUCUGUGUUCAUGGCAGCUCAAGGUCACACUCAGCCUGAUCCCAGUGAGGCUCCCCCAGAUCUGCUGACCGCGGUAGUAUCUGACCACCUCGACCCGGACGACGCGCCCACACUGGCUCCGAUGAAAAUCCUUCUCGCGGUCCAGGCCAUCCUCACCGAGAGUACCGUCCAGAAGGUUGCCGCCUCCUACCAGUUCAAGGUCACCGGUGCUGGGGGUGGACUCUACCACAUGGACUUAACGUCAGGUAAAGGCAGUGUGGGGGAAGGACCACUUCCAAGUGGUGAAGCAGAUGUGACUCUGGUGAUGUCAUCCAGUGACCUUGAGAAGAUGUUUUCUGGCGAUCUCAAACCGCUCCAGGCUUUCAUGAGUGGACAGCUUCAGGCAUCGGGUGAUCUCGCAGCUGCCAUGAGACUCGAGGAAGUCAUCAAACUCAUACUUGGCAAAUAACAGAAUGAACUCCAAGAAACUGUGCAAAUAACACCUUGGCAAAUAACAGAAUGAACUCCAAGAAACUGUGCAAAUAACACCUUGGCAAAUAACAGAAUGAACUCCAAGAAACUGCAAAUAACACCUUGGCAAAUAACAGAAUGAACUCCAAGAAACUGUGCAAAUAACACCUUGGCAAAUAACAGUAACUGUUAGCUUACAAAUAACGCCUUGAACACGCUAGUCACUGGCAAGUACCCCCGGUAAUAGCUUGGGGUAACAAAUUACUCACAAAUAACACCUGGAAAAAUAGCAUGAUACAAGCUGGAGUUGCAUACAAAAAUAUGGACUGAAUGUUUGCAUCUGUAUUGGUGCAACCAUGACUGGUAUAUCAACGGCUGUGGUAUGUGCUGUCCUUUCUGUGGGAUGGUGCAUGUAAAAGAUCCCUUGUUGCUAAUCGAAAAAGAGUAGCCCAUGAAGUGACAACCGCUGGUUUCCUCUCUCAAUAUCUGUGUGGUCCUUAACCAUAUGUCUGACACCAUAUAACUAUAAAUAAAAAUGUGUUGAGUGCAUCGUUAAAUAAAAACAUUUCCUUUCUGUAUUGGUGCAAGAUAAUAUAUGUGUAAUUUUUUACAGAAAUGAAAUGUGGCAAGUUUGGUAAUUUAGUUCACGUGUUAACCUGAGUAAUGUGAAUGACCAUGUUUGAUUUAUUAUGAUGCCUAAAAUAACAAGUUCAACAACAAGGGUUCUGGCUAUGGUCAUAAGAAGUCAAGAAGUUACCAACUGAAUUUUGUGACAUAUUAUAGGUUUCUUUGCUGUCAUACUUAUGUCAUGAGAUGCCAUGAGAUGUAUUGAUUGAACUUAAGCAAAUAGUGCAGAACAUUGUUUCUAUUCAUUUGCUACAUUUGUGUACAAGUUGUACUGAUAGAAAUGCAGUUACAUUUGGAAUGGUCAGUAUGAAUUACUGUACAGAUGAAACGAUCUUAAAUUCCAUAUUUUAUUCCAUAUCUUUACUAUAUGAGUAGAGUAUAAAAUCAUGUAUACUAAAACAUUAUUUCAGCUUUCCAACUCAGGUUGUACAGUUGGAAAGUACGUAUCCAACAACAGCCAUGUACUUUAUCAAAUGGGUAAGUGACCAAGUGAAUUUGUUCUUUCUCCAAUUUUUAAAAUGUACUGGUUUAGGAAUUAUUAUGACCAAAUCAAUUGUGUCAAAGUAUCACAUAUCCUGCUCCAAACGGCUGCAAAAACUAUGAACGUUUGACAAUUGAAAAAACAAAAGUUGGACAGAACUGGCAGCGAAUCUUCAUCUGUAACAUAUAUUAAAAUCGUGGAGGCAACAUCUAUGCUCCACCACUCCCUUGUAUUAAAAAGGAGAAAAGAUCAUAUACUGUAUACAUUUAUAAUUUAAAACAGCAAUAACUAUAUAAACGUGUAUGGUGUUUAAGAUUUUAGAACCAAGAUAAAUUAGGUGUUUUUAGAGGUGACAAUAACUCAUGUUUGUACAUGUAUAUUUAUAGCGUCUUCUGUAUAGUGUCAUCAAAAUGGAUUAUGCUUUUGGGAAAAGUAUACAUAUUUCUGUGAUACAUUGUUCAUUUAUAUAAGUUUUAAACUCUUUAAUAGUGUUUUAUAUGUCAUUUGGUAAUAAUGCUGUUGUAUAAACUAUUAUACAUAGCUAGUGAAAAUAAACAUAUCAAGUUUUCA